AUGGCGCCUAUGCACGGCAAGAAUGACGGUGGCCCCAAGGGUGUCACUAAUCAGACGACAACUGGCAAAGAUGAUUCCGCGUCUGAAGCAAACAACCCUGCUUCACGAGAGACAGGACCAGAGCAUGAACCUCCUACUGCUGUAGGAACCUCGACACCACAUCGCCGAUCCCUAUCUGAGGAGAGCCUUCACGAUGCAGUGGAGAUGCCGUUUCUGCCGGCACCACCCAAUACACCAACCGCCGGAGAACAAGACGAGCAUGAGCUGGCGUACGAUGAGAAGCCUGAAAAAACCACCAACACCAUCAAUCAGAUCCUGGAUGGUUAUGCUUCUCACGAUGAGACAAACGCCGACUCGCCCUUCCGUGAUCCGUCUUGCUCACCCCUCAAGCUACGCCGUAAUGGCACUUACCAGGGCUUCCCUACGGCCCAAUUCCACUCUCCUGGCAUCCCGCCGUCCGAUCUACCCGAGAGUCCCAAGAGCACAAGCUGUGGCCAUCAGCGAUCCAAGCAUGUUCUGAGUUUCAACCACGGAAGUUCGCCAGACAGCACGGUCAGCGACUCGCAACGAUUGCUUAACGCCGAGUCACAAGCCAGCCCCCUCGAUCCCAGUGAGGCUCGUAGACAGCUACAUGACCCUGACUUAUAUGAUGUCAACCCCUAUGAUGAUCUCUACAUGACAACACGCGACAAUGCUCAAUCCCACAGUCGUCAUCAUCCAGCGACGCUCAAGCCCACCCGAGGACGCGAAGUCAGCUAUUCUAUGCGCCACGUGGGCAAGUUGAAUGAAGGGAGCCAGGCUACUCUUGUCUCGCCGGGUGAAGAAAGUCCCCUAUUUGCCCGAAGCCAAGGAUCACACCUACCAACGACUAGCGCGUAUGCAGACUUGCGAGGCUAUAGGGAUGAUGGCACUGACGAGAACUUUGGAAGUAAUGACCAGGGAGAAUCAUUGCCUAUGCGAGAUUCCGCUGAUACUGGCACUUGGUGCACUACAGAGAUGAACAGUGAAGCUGGCUUUGACCGAGCUCCGACCGGUCCUCACGAUUUCAUCAAGGCCACCGGCAGCAGCGUCGCCGGUUUUUCGGAAGAAGGCGAAUUACGUAUGCCUUAUGGGUUUGGAUCUCGACCUCGUAUUAUCCAGCACCCUGGUCUCGAUGGCUCGCAAGAUUCGUAUAAGAUGCAUUAUCUCAAGAACUCGACCAGGCCUAUGCUUCUGCCCAAGCCUCAGAAUGCCCGUGGGGGAGGCUUUCCUCAGAAUUCCAGUCGUGAUCUUACAGGAGGUGGAGGUAACAACCUCCUUACUAGCCCAGGUUCUCGAAACCUGUCUAUGGUGAAUCCGUUUGUGCGAACUGAUAGCAGUCGCUACAACAUUGAACCGGGAAGCCUUACUAUCCCGAGUAGACACGCGGGUCAAUCCCGUUAUGAAUUCCGGGACUCGGUGUCGACGUUCGCUACCAACACAUUGGAGCGCCAGCCGUCCAACAUCCGCCAGUCUAUCGAAGGAGGCGAACAAGGCAAUCGAAGCCCAGUGAAGGGUCUUCGUGAAGAGCAGCUUUCGGCUGGACUUCAGUCCACAGCUAGCAACCUUUCAAUGGGCCAGAGCUCUUCGAAGGUAGUUGAGGUUUCGCCACAUAAACCAAUCGACCCUCGCAUUAUUGACCACGAGCAUCUGACCCGCCGCUUGGGAUCACGAAUGAUUGCCCCCAGCGAAAAUUGGCUGACCUUGAGCGAUUCCACUGCAUCGAAUGCGCAAUUACCACGUUCGCAAUCCAAUGCCUCCAAUGCAAAGCUCAUGACCUCGCGAUCGCAGUUCGAGUUCGAUUUGAUCCCGCUUGACGAAGCGCAGCGAAAGAACAAGCAGCAGCGUGAGAGCGGCGAGACCGAUGAAACUGAGUCGACAGUGGAGCGCCAACAGCGAUCAGAGAAUGCCAAGUCUAUUCGAUUUGUGCCUCGCACUCCCGCUCGCAUGCCACACCCGUCGUCAGGUCGCAGUCGAAGAAUCGAAGCUGCCCCUCAGUUGUCUAUCGACUUCAGUCCAUCCAGUGUCUUUUACGAAGAUGCUCUUCGUGAUAUUACUCCUCCGUUCUCCGCCACGACCCAGCCUAAUCUGGCUCACCCACAGCCAGCUCGAAUUCGUACGCAGAGUGCCACUGAGGAUGAGACCACUCUAUCCCCUUCAGGGGAGCGUUCAUGGCUCGGAAGAAUGAAGUCUCGUGUGCUAAGCAAGAAGGAUUCGGUGAAGCGCAAGAUGUCGCAGUUGACCGCGAUCCGCCAUGCCGACGUGGAUAAUGACAGCCAGUUGAGCCUUGCAGCCAUCGAAGACAUGAACGAGCCGUACCUAUCGCAUGGUGCUCGCGCGCGACGACGCCGCAUUUUCCUCUUAGCUGCGUCUCUGUCGGCGCUUUUCCCAUUCAUCGCAAUCUUGGUGAUGGCGGGAGUCCUCAGCCCCGUCUUACUAUGGUACACCAGCGGUGAAGUGCGUCGCUUGACUAUUCGCCAGCACAACUGCAUUAGGAACUUGUUCCUAGCCUGGCUGUGCGCUGCGAUGAUCGUGACGCCCACCCUCAUCGCUGUCUUCGUCAAGCGAUCGUAGUCUUUUGACUAGGAGGAAUCAGAGACCAAGUCUCUGCAUGGGAACCUACUAGAAUUUGGUAGGAAAGGAACCCCCUUUUGGGAGUUCUGGCUAGUACCCUUUGGUUACUGGCAAAAUGCACUUUGGUGCAUCUUUGUUAGAUUUUUUUCCCUUUUUGUUUGGGUCUCAUAUCGGCGGCAUUUUCACGAAAACGAAAUGCCCGAGGACUAUUACGGCUAUGAUGAAAAAAAGAUGACUGACGAUAACGCACGACACUCAUGACAAUUUCCCCCUUCAUUCAUCAUCAAUGGUCCUCUACGACAUAUGAGGAAUUGUUACGAUAAUCACAUUUUGCAUUGAUGACUCCGGUGGGCGGUCAUUGGAGACGAUAAGUUGUCUUCAUGAUUGCAUACUACGAGUCUUGUACAUAAUCCGCUGGAAAUACACUUGCUUCUGUAAAUGGAAAUGGUCUUACUGCGUGAAUACUAUGACUGUACUUUGAUUGACCAUGAUGUGAGCUUAUCCG